GGCAACCUAACAGGUUACAUGACCUCUGGAAAGGGGUCAGAUUUAUUGUAGCAACGAAUCGUAGCAACGCAGAGAGUCCAUGACGACGAUGGUUGCGAGUUCUUAGCUCAUGUGUUGGAAUGCGACAGUGUAUGAGAACUUGACACAGAUCAAAGAGUUCCGGAGCCGCGCUGAAUGCUCGCGCUGUCCUGAGCGAUAAACAUGGGCUGUGGGAGCUCCAAAAUCACGGUGGUUGAACCCGUGAAACCGAACAGUCUGAACGGAAAUGAGAGCGAAACUCUGGAGGUUGUUGUGGCUCAGGGAGGCUCUCGUGGUGACUCUGCAGUGUCCAAAAUGACCACCGAUAGCGGGGUCAGUCUAGAUGCAGCAGAGCCAUCGGUUCUACCUGGAUCUGUACCUAGAAUGCUGCCACCGCUACAAGCCCAGAGUCCUGGACUGGCCCAGCAAAGUGAAGAGAGGCCUGAGUCCAGUGAGAUCCUGGAGCAACUGCUCGUUCAAGGAAUAAUUCCAGCUCAGCCAAGACAGGGAGGAAGUGGGGAAGCCUACGACAUCAUGAUGGAUGAUGCUGAGAAGCCAAAGAGAAGGCCACCCGCUCGGCUAGAGUCACUGAAAAUUCGCAAAGAACAAGAAGUCACCAGAAAGGAAGACAUUGAGAUGAAGAUGAGACAAGUGGAGGAGAGGAGAAAGGAGAAAGAGCAGGACCUGAAACACAGGUUGAGGAUUAAAUCAGCGCGGCCGCGUGUCACUGCCCCAGUGACUGCAGAGGGGGAACUCGACCCCACGGAACUGCUCCAUUCUGAACAGCUUCCUGUCCCAACCAGAACCAAACACCUACAGAUGCCAAUCAAUGGAGAGUCUGGGCACCUGAGGCUUACUGAUUCCCCAGAACUGGAAAAUGACUCCAGCUUCCAACAGACUGAAGGCACAGAUGAGGGAUUUUAGACCUGCUGCUUAUGUGUGUUUCAGAAUGACACAUGCAGGAUAAACUGAGCCAUACGUCCAGAAGCAGCUUGAUCUAGUCAAGUUAAGUUACAUUCUUAGAGUUGCACAUGCACUUUACAUGUUAUUCACAUUAUUAAUCUUGUUUAUUUUAAUACAGGGUAUGGCUCAGAUCAAAUUCUGACCUUGGGUUUUACAUUAUUAUAUAGAAAAAGAAAUGGAAAUAUGUGCCUAAUAAGUGUAAACAGGUUGAUGCAAUCAUUUUGUAGCUAGCAGAACAUUGAUUAGAAGGAAUGAUAAUUCAGCAUGAUAUAUAUGUUGCCAAUGAGAUAUUUCUUUUAUAGUGCUCAUAGGUCUUGAAUCUUAAGAACAUUAUUCUUGUACUAAACAUACACCAUUCAAAAGGUUGAGGCAAGUAAGAAUUUUUAAUGUUUUUGUAUAAAAGUCUCUUGUGCUCACCAAGCCUGCAUUUAUUUGUUUCCAAAUACAGUAAAAAUAGAAAAUAUAUCUAAUAUUUUUUUGCUCAAGUAACAUUUCCUAUUAUUAUUAUCCAUGUUGAAAACAGAUAUUCGGCUUAAUCUUCUUUUUGGAAGUCAUGAUACAUUUUACCCGGGAUUCUUAGAUAAAUGGAAAUGUCAAAAGAACAGCAUUUGCUUGAUAUAGAAAUCUUUUGUAACAUUGUAAAUGUCUGUCCUGUGACUUUUGAUCAAGUUAAUGCAUCCUUGCUGAAUGAAAGCAUUCAUUUCUUACCAACCCCAAACCUUUUAUGUACAGUUUAUCAUGUAAACUAUUUUUAUAUGCAAUCAGUUAUUAGAAUAAUCUGUGAGAUAUUUUUUCCAAAAAUCAAUAUAUUCUUUUAAACACUCAGUUGCAAUUAUGUACCUUCCAAUGAAGGUAAAUGGCUGUCCACAAGGUGGCGCUACUUAGCUUAUGUAGUAGGCUGAAAUGGGGACUUGUUUUCUGUCUUGGGAACAGUGGAAGUCUGAGAUGGCUCUCUGCUGUUUUCUUUGCAUGUUAUCUCUGUAAUUAUGAUGGUUUAACUGUCUUAAGUAACUAGGCCUCUUGCAAUUUGCUAAUUAAAUAAAACAAG